CUCAACUGACUUUGCAGUAGUGCGAUACUACUGCUGCUGCCUCUGCUUAAUCUUCCGGCGGACUAUUAUUGGCUAUUUACAAAAUAAGAUCAAGAAAUGGAGAGCCUUUCAUCCGGGGCUGUGAUUCCACCUGAGGCCUUCCAGGGUGGCCCGGGUGAUGUUAUCGGCCUUCUUGGACGUCUAUGGCAGCAGGCGAAAGCAGCAUUGUUGGUGCCAUUUUUGAAAAUGAUGGUCUUUUUGUGCCUGACAAUGUCGAUACUGUUAUUCGUGGAAAGAGUUUAUAUGGGAAUCGUCGUAGUUUUGAUAAAGAUAUUCAGGUGGAAACCUGAGAAGAAGCACAAAUGGGAGCCAAUGAAGGAAGAUUUGGAGAUGGGAAAUUUAGGUUACCCCAUGGUUUUAGUGCAAAUUCCAAUGUGCAAUGAAAAAGAGGUGUAUCAGCUGUCAAUUGGUGCUGCUUGCGGCUUAUCAUGGCCGACUGAUCGAAUCAUAAUUCAAGUUCUUGAUGAUUCAACGGAUCCUGCUAUCAAGGCCUUAAAGGAGCAGGAGUGCAAGAGAUGGGCAAGCAAAGGCAUAAACAUAAAGUAUGAGAUUAGAGAGAACCGCAACGGCUAUAAAGCUGGUGCUCUUAGGGAAGGAAUGAAGCAUAGCUAUGUGAAGCUAUGUGACUAUGUCGCCAUCUUUGAUGCUGAUUUUCAACCUGAGCAUAAUUUCUUGCGUCGUACCGUUCCUUUUCUCGUGCAUAAUCCUGAGUUAGCUCUGGUUCAAACCCGCUGGAAAUUCGUGAAUUCUGAUGAAUGCUUGAUGACAAGAAUGCAAGAGAUGUCUCUUAAUUACCAUUUCAUUGUGGAGCAAGAAGUUGGAUCCCGCACUUACGCUUUUUUUGGUUUUAAUGGUAGGACCUUUUCUCGACUUCUAGCUCUAACAUUAAUGUGUCAAACUAUUUUACAAUCUCGAACAUUUGAUCGUCAUGUAGGAACCGCUGGCGUAUGGCGAAUUUCAGCACUUAAUGAAGCUGGAGGGUGGAAGGACAGAACAACUGUGGAGGAUAUGGACCUGGCUAUCCGAGCCGGUCUCAAAGGCUGGAAAUUUGUGUAUGUUGGUGAAGUCGAGGUGAAGAAUGAAUUGCCAAGUACUUUCAAAGCAUACCGGCACCAGCAACAUCGAUGGUCCUGCGGUCCUGCUAAUCUGUUCAGGAAAAUGGCUAUGGAAAUAGUUAGAUGCAAGAAAGUCUCUCCAUGGAAGAAGUUUUAUCUAAUAUACAGUUUCUUCCUUGUUCGGAAGAUAGUAGCACAUAUGGUCACGUUCAUCUUCUACUGCGUUGUCCUGCCUGCAACUAUUGUGAUUCCCGAAGUACAAGUUCCGGUUUGGGGAGCUGUUUAUAUUCCGUCUGUAAUUACCCUUCUGAAUGCAGUUGGGACACCAAGAUCAUUCCACCUAGUAAUUUUCUGGAUCCUCUUUGAAAACGUAAUGUCUCUGCACCGAACCAAGGCCACAUUCAUAGGUCUACUUGAGGCAGGGAGAGUUAACGAGUGGAUUGUCACGGAAAAAUUGGGACAUGUCCUACAGACGAAGUUGGGCUCUAAGGUUCCCAAGAAACCUCGUUUCAGGAUGGGAGACAGAUUACAUCUUUUGGAGCUCUUUGUUGGGUUUUACCUAUUCUUUUGUGGGUGUUAUGAUGUGGCUUUUGGAAAGAGCCACUUCUUUAUAUACCUUUUCCUUCAAUCAACGGCAUUUUUCACAGCAGGAUUCGGGUACGUUGGCACCUUUGUCCCUAGUUCUUACUAAAAAAACUCUUGCAGCCUGGAAAGAAUCUUUUGGAUUGUCCAAAGGACACAUCUGUACCAUUUUAUUUUGCAGCCUCUGAAGUCAAAUAAUAGAGUGGCUGCUUAGUUCUUUUUUGGUUGUCAACGAGCAUUUCCAGAGAAUACUUUAUCCGCACUUUCCCAUGCAACUUGCUAAUAGACCUGGAUUAUAAAAUCACAA